AUGGCUUGUGGUUGGGAUGGUCAAGGCAGCUUGAGACCUGACCUGCAGGGCUGGGGUGUGGACAGUGAGGAGUGUCAAGACCAGACCCUGCUGUCAGGCGCAGGACCCAGGCUGAGCAUAAAAGGAGGGUCCCUUGGGCUGGGAGGAGGCAGGCUGGGGACGGUGAAGACCCAGAGGGCCAGCCUCUCCCUGGGACGGUGGUCACUGUGGCUACUGCAGCUGAGACUAGUGCUGCCCUUCGCCUCUGCCCAGGCCCUCAGCUACAGGGAGGCCGUGCUUCACACUGGGGAUUGCAUCAAUGAUGGGUCCACAGAAGCUAAUCUCUACUGCCUCCUGGAGCUAGACUCACCUCCCAAGGAUGUGGAGGACCACAGUGCUCGAAAGCCUGUGAGCUUCAGGGUGAAGGAGACCGUGUGCCCCAGGACGAGCCAGCAGCCCCUGGAGCAGUGUGACUUCAAGGAGAAUGGGCUGGUGAAACAGUGUGUGGGGACAGCCAGCCUGGACCAGUCUGAUGACCAGUUUGACCUAAACUGUAAUGAGGCGGUGAGGACUAACCCAGGAUCCUGGAGGCAUGGAAGGCUCACACUCGGCAUCCCAGGAGGUGCAGCCUGAACCUGGCAGAGGACACGCCCCUGCAUCCAGA